ACUUCUAAAAAAUAUAUGAUUCACAGGAGAAAUUAUUCUGUCAUGAUUUAAGACUCACAGCAGGAAAAGAAGCUACAUGCAAAAUGAAUUUCGAUUUGACUUCCGCAUUUUUCGAGUGAAACUAAGCCAACAAGUUAAAGUGUGAUUCUUCUUUUCCACGUCACAGAGACAAUUAUACAAUUUUGCAAUUCUUGUAUAUUAGAAAUGUUAAAAGUCUAACGUUUUUAUUCUGUUCAUUGUUUUAUGUCUUAAAAACAUAAAAUCAGUUAUGGAUAGUAACACAAUACAUUUACUCAAGUACUGUAAGAACAAUUUUGAGUAUUCUCAAAUUAAGCCAAUUUAUUCUUCUACUCCACUACAAUAAAAGAGCCAAUAUUGUACUUUUUACUCCAAUUGAUUUAUUUAUUUUGGCACUAGUUACUUUUCAUAAUGAGUACUUUUACUUUUGGUACUUUAAGUAUAUUAUGAUGCCGUUACUUUUACUUACAAAGAAGUACACAUUUGAAUGAAGUACUUUUACAACUUUUAAAGUGUAUUGUACUUCUUCCACCACUGGCUAAAAUACAAUUCAACAUAAUACGUAAUAUUAUAAAAUUGACAAGGUUUAUUAUCUACACUGUGAGUAGCCUACCUUAACCUUUAGACUAACUGCUAAUACAUAUAUUUUACUUAAGAAAAGAUGGAUAUUUUAGGUUAAAGCCAUUGCGGUUGCUGCAUAUUUCAUGGAAUAUUGUUGACACUAUUUUACUUGUAGAUGGUUUACUUAUCCUGCAUUUUACCUGCACACUUGCACUAUUUCAAUUGCACCUUUACUUGAAAAGUUACCAACUUUUUCUUUGUGUAAACAGUGUCACAGCUCUCUGUCAAUCAGAUGUAUUUGUUUUUUUAUUUUGUAUUUUUAAUAUUUUAAGUUUUUUGUACGGUGCACUGUUGGAUAAGCCUGGAGGACUUAGGCUACUAUUUCCAUUGCCAACAACUGUGCUGUAACUGCUUGCAUAUAACGAUAAAGCCUUUUAAUACUUGAAAAGUUCAAACCUGUUAUGAAUGCAGUAUCUUGGAUGGCAAAUAGGAAACACUUUUUCCAUUCUGCAGUAAAAAUUACAAACAAAGAGGUAGCAAAACACAUUUAACGUUGAACUCUGUUGAACACAUAUUUUAAAAUCUUGAUUAAUAGAACAGUAGAAAAAUAGAGCCUGAUGCUUUCCUCUUAAAUCAGAAGACUCUAAUUUACAACAGUUUGAGUGAAGGCCGUAAAUAUGCUUUGUGUCCAGAUUUUCAUACUGACCUAUUUCAUACUACCAGGAAGUGUGAAGGAGAAGGAGGACGCUAAUAACAAUUGUAUGAAAUGACAAGGAGUCCUGAAUUCUAGGAUCAGUGGCAGGCGAGCUUAAAAGAGGAAGCCUGUUUGAUAAGAAGGAGGCUGAAAAACAACUGUCAAGAAAUGACAAGGAGUCCUGGAUUCAGUAACGGCUUAUCUCAUAAGGGAUCCAUGAGCUGGUGAGAUGGAGGAAGCUUACAGUGAACUGUACCAGCAGUUUCUCCACCUGAGGUCGCUUUGCCUGAGACAGGCAGCCCUGCUACAUCAACUCACAACAGCAUUGCAGAAACAGCAAGGUGCCACUGUUCCUAAUGGAGACUUAAGUGAUUUGAUGUCCAUCCCUAUCCAGUGUACCCAAGAAAUCCCUGCAUAUUUCAACAAGAAGUGUCAAACCUCUACAUCAUGCAACCCUGUAGGACAUUGUGGUGUUGUUGGCCUCACUAAAGACCUGGGGACCUUUUACGAUGUCCUAGCUGAAGAUAUAUCUAAGCUCAAUGUGGACGUCCCUCAUCAGACAGGAAAGGCAGCCGGGAAGUCUGUGCAAUUGGUUGCACCCCUGUCAAGCCUUGAUAUCCCGAGAUUGCAAGAGGCCUCUCCUCAUGUCUCAAAUGAUCUGGGGCACACAGGUCAUCGUAGUGGAGACAGGACAAUGCACACAGUGGGGAAGACUGCGACAGGAGGCCCCUCCUUGGUUGGAGACAUGCUGAUGUCAGACGUGGUGCUGCAGUCUCAUGUUUGUGAGUUCUGCCAAGCGGUUUUCCCCGGGGACACAGCUACCAGAGGAGAGUUCCUUCGACAUCUGUACACCCACGUCACCUAGACUCAACUGAUCUGUCUUCUUUUCCUGACAUGGGUGUGUCUUUAUCAUUUAGCAACAAGAGCGACACCAAUGCCAACAUGCCUGCAUUCUUCCAAAUAGCCAACAAAAGUCUCCAGUGGUUCCAAAGGAAAAUCAGCCUACUUCUAUUUUUCCCAAUGAACCUUUUAAUGACGAGUGGAUUCAAGUCUUCUUCAAUAUGUGAUUUUGUAAAUUUUGGUCCGUUGCUAAUAGGGCAUGUCCGCUGUUGGUGUUGUCUUAGAACUUUAUAUCUUUCAAAAAAAAUGUUCCGUCUGGAAUUGAUUGCCUAAGAAUGUUGUGUACAGUGUUGGUUGCUUUUUAUCUCAACCCUCUCUUGUCACUUCUUGUUGAAAAUGGUAAAAAAAAAAAAAAAAACUGGUGCCAAUAUCAAGGCUUCAAGUUGAGUCCACCUUUUACGUAGGCCUACAAUGCGGUGUGUAAAUAAUAAAAUAUGGUAGGCAGAAAUAAUCUUAACAUUCUCUUUACUCUACAAUAGUUUCCUCUUGAAACCACUACUUAUUGACUGAGAUCUAAUAAUCAUUUAAAGGCAUCUUUACUUUGUGAACAGUGACUGUUACUCUGCUCAGAAACUUUAAUGUUGUCCAUAAUUGAACCGAAAAAUGCAAACUUGUGAUACUAUAAUGUACGUAGUUAUAAUGUUUAGAUAAAAGAAACAAUGCUCUACAUAAUGAGGUGAAUAGAUACUCCACACUGAUGUCUUGCUUUUAAAUAUAAAAGGAAAUACAUCACUUAAAUAAAUGGUGAUUGGUGAUGUUCAGGCAGACUGGAAUUCUUUCCACUUUUCAAUCUGAAACCCUAAUAUUACUGUAGCUCUUUGACCAAAAAUAAACGGAUCGACAAAGUUA